GACCAUGAGGAAACGCGGUGCCGGCUGGUAGUGGACGAGCGAUCGGCCACAUCGUCGCUUCCGCCACAUCGUCGUCGGUCGUCGCUCGCGACGCGUUCCCGGUACGUCGUUUUCCAGACCCGAAACGAGCGGCAGGUGUCGCGCGUGGCAGCAGAUACGAGCUUGACAGGUGCGAUAAUCGGGGGUGGCCCGGUCGUCGCCGCCGCCGGGCCGGCGAUGCGACGAUGAGCUCGCCGAGGGUGCUGUUACCCCUCCACACCCGACCAAAGCCCCGCGUAGUAGCAAGGCCGGGUAGUCUCGGAAGCUGCAGCAAGGCCGAGCGACGAGGAGCGGCAGGCGGUUCAAGGCCGAAAUUAUCCGCGUGGCCAUGGACCACGAGGCGAGGAACGGAACCGGCAGCAACGACAACGAGGAGUACACCAAUAUCUACUUCGUCGUCGGCGACCGCAGGGAGACGGCCACUUUCAGGACGAACCAGGUCACGGACAUGGAACUCAAGGAACUCUUUAGAAGCGCGGCAGAGGCUGGUCCUCUGGACAUCGUGAAGCUUCGCAAGGGAGACAAGCUCCUCAACAUUUCGACCCAUCUACCGCCGAACACGCCCGAUACGCCUUACGUUCUUCAGUCGGUUGCUUUUUUCAAGAUCGUUGGCGCGCAUCCUGCUUCCUCGGGGGUGAUCGAGGCGGAGGUGCUUUUGGCUCUAGAGAGGCGCGUGACGGCUCUAGAGCGGCAACUGCGAGAGCAUCAGGAAGCUUUAUGCGCCACACCCACUCUCGCUCUGCGGGAAUUGAAACGCCAAGUGGACAGUUUUAAGAACAAAUUGGAGAACAACGACCAGUUGAACUGGCUCAGUCUUUACAAGCAACUUCCGGAGAACGUCUAUAUGGAUUCCUGCCGCAGAUUGCAAUAUCGCCGAAAGAGUGACAGCAUGAAGCGGAAAGUUCGGGAGAAGUUCCUCAAUAUCUGCGACGUGACAGUCUCGUCAAGCGUCCGCGAAUGGCUUCGCUCGCCGGCCUUCGACGCGCGACAAUGGGAGGACGAGGAGCUGCUGCUGAUGCUGCAGACAAUGUUCAUCGAUCUCGACCUACCUGAAAAGUUUAACAUUCCCUUGCCGAUUCUGAGGAACUUCCUCUACGAGGUCUACAACAAUUACAACGAGGUGCCGUUUCAUAAUUUCAGGCAUUGCUUCUGCGUGGCGCAAAUGAUGUACGCGAUCGCCUGGGCGGUGGAUCUUCCGUCGAAAAUCGGCGACCUCGAGGUCCUUGUACUGAUCGCAUCCUGCAUCUGUCACGAUCUCGAUCAUCCGGGCUACAACAACAUCUACCAGAUAAACGCGCGGACCGAGCUGGCGCUGCGUUACAAUGAUAUCUCGCCUUUGGAGAACCAUCACUGUUCCGUGGCGUUCCGGGUCCUGGAGCAGCCCGAGUGCAACAUCCUCGCGUCCUUGGACAAUGCCACGUACCGAAUAGUCCGCGAGGGCAUCAUCCGGUGUAUCCUCGCGACCGACAUGGCCCGGCACAACGAGAUCCUCAGCCAGUUCAACGACACCGUUCCCGAAUUCGAUUACACCAGCAAAGCGCACAUAAAUCUGCUGUCCAUGAUCCUCAUCAAGGUGGCCGAUAUAAGUAACGAGGCGCGUCCGAUGGAAGUCGCGGAACCCUGGCUGGACAGGUUGCUUCAAGAAUUCUUUAAGCAGAGCGACGCGGAGAAGCUCGAGGGUCUUCCGGUCACCCCGUUCAUGGAUCGCGACAAGGUGACCAAACCGUCGUCCCAGGUUAGCUUCAUCGGCCUAGUUCUCCUCCCCCUCUUCGAAGCCCUCGGAGAACUUCUUCCCGAGCUGCAGGCUCUCAUAGUUCAACCGGUCAGGGAAGCUCUGGAGUACUAUCGCAGAUUGAACGAGGCCGCCAAGGACGAGCGGCAUCAUCGGAAGAGUGUCAUCGACACGGGAGAAUCGGGGAUAUCCAACGUGCCGAGCGGCACCGGCGGCUCGUCCGCCGUCGUCAAGUCAACGUCGUCGCACAGUAUGCGCUCGAAGCGGUCCGCGACGACGAUCCACUCGCGCUCGCGCUCUACCGAGGACGACAUCACGGAGAACCUGACGAUGGAGGAGAUAGAGAACGUCGAGAGCUCCGAUCCGGAGACCGCCACGGAGGUGGAGAUCAGCGAGAAGACGCUCAAGUUCAAGAUCUCCACUGAAGGCACCCUGACCGGGCAGACCGGCGGCCGGAAGAGCUGUCCCGGCAGUCGCAAGGGCAGCCGGGAGAAGUCCUCGUUGGAUUAUCACAAUCACGAUCUGGUCAAGGCGGUGCGGGAGCACGAGAGGAGACGCAGCAGGGGCGAGAAUCUCGGCAGCGACCUCAGUUCGCCGGUUAGCGCGAGAUCCGCCGAGGGUACGCGCAUCGUCGAGGAACUGGAGAAGGAGACGACGACGUUGCUGGUCAAGAUCGAAAGUAGAACGCCGGAAGGGAACGGUAACAUCAUCGCGGCGGAGGUUGCUCACUCGCAACCGAGGAAUAACGUGAAGAAAGCCGGCAAUGUCAUCGAGAGCGAUCAGGAGAUUCGAUCUAGCUGCAAGGACGCGCACGGCAGCCGAGAAUCGAUCGGUCUGCGAUGUUGCUGCGACGACAGAACUGGGCCGAAUAAUCACAGGUCUUUAUUCUCACGGCUGAGGAACCUGACGGACCGUCUGAGUAGCAGUUUCGAUUCGAGAGACUCGCCCAGUCCGAAGUCAAAGCACGGGUCCAAGACGCUCAGCAAGAGCAACUCGAUCAGCAGCGGUUCGGCCGCGACCUCGCGAAGGCACAACAAUUCCUUGUUCAUCUGCAAGCGUUGCAACCUCGUCAAAUCUUCUGUCAAGGACGGUAACAAAGCCAUCGCGACCGUGGUGGAGCUAUCGUCGGUGGACAAGCGAGCGAUGACCCUGCCCAAGGUUCGCAAAUCCACGGACAGCAAGAACAAAAGCUGGCGAACGGUGUUCACCAAAGAAAAGAGAUCGUCGACUUCUCUGGAGGCUUUGCCGGCGGCCGGUUCGUUCUCCAAGCACCGUAGAAACCUGUCGAAUCCCGAGGGCAAGUCUCAGAGCAUGAAGGAGGGAAAGAGAUCUCGACAGGCUCUGGAGAUCGAGUUUCAGGAGAUCGACGUACGUCCGAAGAAGCAUCAGCAGCAGCCCGAGAUCAUCGUCAAUCCCGACGACAGCGCGUGUGAAUGCAUCGAGGAGGAUCUCGGCAAGGUGGAAAUCAGGAGGAGCUCGGCCAGCAUGGAGGACAUUUCUAAGAUGGCGAAGCAGGCCGAGGCGGUGAAGCUGGGCGCGCUGAAUCCCAAGACGGAGGAACGCCCGCACACCGGCAGUCUGGACUCGAUGCUCUGCAAGGAGGUGCCCAAGUCGCGAAAGAAGCAUUCCGCCAUGUUCGCCUCGCCCGCCACGACCAAAAAGUCCUCGCCCGGUCUGUUCUCGCGAUUCAAGUCCGGCAUGAGCAUCGACAGCACCCGGAGCAACAGCAACAGCGACUCUCUGCACGAUCACGGCUCGCAAAGCGGCUGGAUAUCCUCGUUGACGGCCAGCUUCCGGCCGAAGAGGCACCCGAACGAGACGCCGUUGUCGCCGCAUCCACCGAGAUCGCCCAGCAGAGAGGAGAUUAAGUGAUACGUCCUGGUGGUCGAGGAUCCCUCUGACAAGAAACUCGGCCUUCGCGGCUGGUGGCCCGAAAACUUGUUCUGCUGCAACAGUUAGGACUCGAGCUGAAGAAGUUCGAGCUAAUUUAGGCUGAGAAAUAUUCGCAUUGUAAUACGAGAAAGGAACCUAGUAAAAUAAUUGUCAAAAGAAAAAGGUAUUUGAAGAGGUUUAAUUUUCUAACACAGGAAUCAUCGUGUUUCUCAUUGCGGUAUAUUGGUUCUCGGCAUCGAUUAAAUAACUGCGAUGCGCAGACAUGAAAUUUUCCGAUCAAACGCCAUCGGUGAUAAUCGAUAAAUGUAAUCCGUAAAAAGAGUAAAAAGUAGAAUAUAAAUUCUCGCGAGUGAUCCGCGAUGAUUAAUGUCGCAUUGUAAAAUGCGCGUGUAAUAUAGAAGAAUGAAAUCUAUAUCCCUGUAUAAUUAAAAGCAGUCAAUUUCGAACAAACGUCGUAUUUGCUCGAAUGAAAGCCAAUUAUUGAAAAAUAAAAAACGAAUAAAAAAUGUUACAUAUCUGAUAUAUAAUUUCCGAACGAAUUGAAUCUUUUUUGCAGAGGGAUCCUGAGAUACGACCAUAAUUUUACGCCACUUUUGAGUGUUUUAUGUCAUUAAAUACGAUCGAAAAGUCGCGAGAGUCGAGAUACUUUAUUUGCGAGGGAUACUUACGGCCUGUGGAAAAAAAACGAGGAUGUAUGCUGUACACAUAGACUAUUUUAUUUAUUGUCCAAUUAAAAGUAGCCUAAAAACAAGUAAAAUCAUUAAUGUUGUUCGUCACUAUAUAUUCAUUCACACAUACAUACAUACACACAUAAAAAUAUACGCAGAUGUAUACAAAGACAUAAGGAUAUAACGCAUCUUCACCACGAGCAAGUGGAUAGUUUAUAAGUAGACGAAGGAGAAGAGACAAACACAAAUAGAUGUGUAUCGAUGUGCGAUUAAAUUUUGGCGACUGUAUCAAGGAUGCGAGGUAAGAGAAUCUUGUCAGAUUAUUCUUUAGAAUAUUCCGAGGAAAAUUUUAUUUUCAAGCAACACGUUCUUACAAAUGAUUUUAGAGAUACAUAUUAUUUUCUGAUUAAUUACACUUUUUAAAUUUUUCUCAAGAUAUUUCUGGAGAUGUUCUUGGUUUAUUCGCGGAUUAUUCUCAGACACUCUCGAGAAUCCCGAAAUAUUUUCGGGUAAUUUUUAUUUUUCAAGAAAAUUGUCAUCUCAUACAACCAGUAGUUGUCACGAAAGGAAAAAAUGGAAGAGAUUUAUUAUAUUUCUUCUCAUUGGAUUUUUAAUUGCUUGGAGAGUAUUGGAAAAAUGGUUUCGCGAAUCAUCUUAUAUCUAAUCGCAUUAUUAUUGAAUCUAUAAAAUGAUUGAUUAGAGAAAACAUCUAUUUGAAGUUUUUCGAACAGCGCUGAUGAAAUAUUUUUAGCAUUUCUUUAAACAUUGAAUCGCGAAAAAAUACAUAAAAUCGAUAACAAAUAUAAUAUCGAUUGAUUUUCCUUUCGAUUAUCCAUUAGACUUUCUAUUCUAUCUCGCGAUUGUUUAAAAAUUCAAAUAUGUAAUGUCAUAAAUUAUAAAUAUACAUAUCUGUACCUCAGAACUAAAGUGUAUUAAAAAUCGCAAUUUUACAGAAGAGAGAAUUUAAAAAUUAAGUAAUUCUCUUAUAACAUUAUUCGGCCAAUUUUCACUAAAAUAGAGUGAGUUAUGUAUGUCAAUUGUUAUUUUUUAUUAAAAAAAAAAAAAA